GUAAUUUAAUUUAAAAUUUAAUUUAAAAAUUUAAUUUAAAAAUUUAAUUUAAAAAUUUAAUUUAAAAUUUUAAAUUAAAAUUUUAAUUUUAAUUAAAUAAAAUUAAAAUUAUAUUUAAUAGUUUUAUCUAUUUCUAAAAAUAUCAAAAAUUUUUAUGCUUAUAACAUUAAAAUAUAAUUAUUUAAAAAUAAUUUGAAAUUAUUUUUUUUUGAUUUAUAUAAAAAAAUAUAAUUGAUUUUAUAUCUUUAUUUUAUUAAUAAGUUCUUUAAUUUUAUUAUUUUUAAAUAAUUAUUUUUCAAUGUGAAUUUUUAUAGAAAUGAAUUUAUUAGCUUUUAUUGUUUUAAUAAUUAUUAAUAGAAAUUAUGUAGGGGAUAAAUCUAUAAAAUAUUAUUUAUUAAAUAGGUUUAGUUCAAUAAUUUUUUUAUUUUUUAUAAAUUUGAAUUUAUUAUUUAAUAAUUAUUAUUUUUUAUUAAUUAUAAAUUUAAUAAUAUUAAUAAAAUUAGGAGUUUUUCCAUUUCAAUUUUGGUUUAUUGAUAUGUUAAUUAAUUUAGAUUGAAUAAUAUGUUUUAUUUUAAUUGUUUGACAAAAACUAAUUCCAAUAAUAAUUUUAAUUUAUAUUUAUAUAAUUAAUUUUUUAUUAUUAAUUUUAGUUUUAAGAGGAUUAUUUAGAAUUUUAAUAAUUUUUAAUCAAAUUCUUUUAAAAAAAAUUUUAGGUUAUUCUUCAUUAAAUCAUAUAUCUUGGAUAUUAUUAUCUUUAAUAAUUAGAAUUAAUGUAUUUUUAAUUUAUUAUUUAAGAUAUUUAAUUAUAAAUUUUUUAAUUAUAUAUUAUUUUUGAAAAUUAAAGUUAGAAGAAAUUAGUGAUUUAUUUUUUGUUAAUAAUAUAUUUAUAUAUUUUUUUUUAUUUAUAAUAAUAUCAUUAGGGGGUAUCCCCCCUUUUUUUGGAUUUUUUAUAAAAUGAUUUUUUAUUAUAAAUUUAAAUAUGUUUAAUUUUUUUAUUUUACUAAUAUUAAUUUUUUAUUCAUUAAUUUAUUUAUUUUAUUAUUUGCGAUUAGGGUUUAAUUUUAUAAUAUUAAAUUAUUUAAUAAUAAAUUUAAGGUUAUUUUUUUUUUUAAAAGAAAAAAAUUUUAAUAUUUUUAUUAUUAUAAAUUUAUAUAUUGUAUUAGGUUUAUUAAUAUUUUUAUAAUAAAAAUUUUAAGUUAAUUUUAAACUAUAAAUUUUCAAAAUUUAAAAUAUAAUUUAAAAUUAUAAAUUUUAUAUAUUAAGAUAGUAAAGAAGAAUUUUUUUUCUUUUAAAUAAAUUUACAAUUUAUUACUUAAAUCAGACACUUUACUAAAAUUUUAUAUUUUUAUAUAAUUUUAAAUUUGCAAUUUAAUGUUUUAUUUAAACUAAAAAUUAAUAAAUGAUAAAAUGAAUAUUUUCUACAAAUCAUAAGGAUAUUGGUGUUUUAUAUUUUAUUUUUGGAAUUUGAUCUGGUAUAGUUGGUUUAUCUAUAAGAAUAAUUAUUCGUUUAGAAUUGGGGGUUACUGGUAGUGUUUUAAUAAGAGAUCAACUUUAUAAUAGAAUGGUAACUGCUCAUGCUUUUGUUAUAAUUUUUUUUAUAGUUAUACCUAUUAUAAUUGGAGGAUUUGGUAAUUGAUUAGUUCCUUUAAUAUUAGGAGCUCCAGAUAUAGCUUUUCCUCGUAUAAAUAAUAUGAGAUUUUGGUUGUUAGUUCCUUCUUUAAUUUUAUUGGUAUUAAGGGGGGUAUUAAAUUUAGGUGUUGGUACUGGAUGAACAGUAUACCCUCCAUUAUCUUCAAUAAUAGGUCAUAGGGGGUGUUCAGUGGAUUUAGCUAUUUUUUCUUUACAUUUAGCUGGGGCUUCAUCAAUUAUAGGGGCUAUUAAUUUUAUUACAACUAUUUUAAAUAUAAGAUUUUAUUUAAUUAAAUUAGAUCAAUUAAGUUUAUUAGUUUGAUCAAUUUUAAUUACUGCUAUUUUGUUAUUAUUAUCUUUACCUGUUUUAGCUGGUGCAAUUACUAUAUUAUUAACAGAUCGUAAUUUAAAUACAACUUUUUUUGAUUUUUCUGGUGGGGGGGAUCCUGUUUUAUAUCAACAUUUAUUUUGAUUUUUUGGUCAUCCUGAAGUUUAUAUUUUAAUUUUACCUGGAUUUGGUAUUAUUUCUCAUAUUAUUUAUAAUGAAAGAGGUAAAAAAGAAACAUUUGGUUCAUUAGGUAUAAUUUAUGCUAUAUUAACUAUUGGAUUUUUAGGUUUUAUUGUCUGAGCUCAUCAUAUAUUUACUAUUGGUAUAGAUGUUGAUACACGAGCUUAUUUUACUUCAGCUACAAUAAUUAUUGCUGUUCCUACUGGUAUUAAGGUAUUUAGGUGAUUAGCUUCUUUAAGUGGGGUAAAAAUUAAUUUAAAUUUAAGUAUAUAUUGAUCCAUUGGUUUUAUUAUUUUAUUUACUUUAGGAGGUUUAACUGGUAUUAUUUUAUCUAAUUCUUCAGUUGAUAUUAUUUUGCAUGAUACAUAUUAUGUUGUUGCUCAUUUUCAUUAUGUAUUAUCUAUAGGGGCUGUAUUUGCUAUUAUAGCUGGUUUUAUUUAUUGAUACCCUUUAUUUUUAGGGUUAAUUAUACAUGAUAAAAUAUUAAAAAUUCAGUUUUUUUUAAUGUUUAUAGGGGUAAAUUUAACUUUUUUUCCCCAACAUUUUUUAGGUAUAAGAGGGAUACCUCGUCGUUAUUCAGAUUAUCCAGAUAUAUAUAUAUCUUGAAAUAUUGUUUCUUCUUUUGGGUCUAUUAUAACUUUAGUAAGAAUUUUAUUAUUUAUUUAUUUAGUUUGAGAUAGAUUUAUUUCUUAUCGAUGUGUUAUUUUUUUAAGAUUUAGUAAUUCUUCUAUUGAAUGAUUUCAAUAUUAUCCUCCUUUAAUUCAUUCAUAUAUACAAUUACCUUUAUUAAUUAAUAAAUUUUAAUAUGGCAGAUUAGUGCAAUGAAUUUAAGAUUCAUAAAUAAAAAUUAUUUUUUUAUUAAAAAUAUAUAUUUGAAGAAUAAUAAAUUUUCAAGAUUAUAAUUCUUAUAUUAGUUUAUUAAUAAUUGAAUUUCAUGAUUAUGCUUUAAUAAUUUUAUUAAUUAUUAUAUUUUUUAUUAUUUAUAUUUUAAUUUGAUUUAUAUUUAAUAUUUAUAUUAAUAAAAAUAUUUUACAUCAUCAAAUAUUGGAAAUUAUUUGAACAUUAAUUCCUGUUUUUAUUUUAUUUUUUUUAGCUGUUCCUUCUUUAAAAAUUUUAUAUAUAAUUGAAGAAAUGUUAAAUCCUUAUUUAACAAUUAAAAUUAUUGGUCAUCAAUGAUAUUGAAGAUAUGAAUAUUCUGAUUUUUAUACUUUAAUAUUUGAUUCUUUUAUAAUUUCAGAUUAUGUUGAUAAUAGAGUAUUUCGUUUAUUAGAUGUUGAUAAUCGAUUAAUCUUACCUUUUAAUAUAAAUAUUCGAGGUAUUGUUACAUCAGUAGAUGUUAUUCAUUCUUGGGCUAUUCCAAUAAUAGGGGUUAAAGUUGAUGCUAUUCCUGGGCGUAUGAAUCAAUGUAAUAUUUAUAUAAAUCGAUUAGGGGUUUAUUUUGGUCAAUGUUCAGAAAUUUGUGGGUUAAAUCAUAGAUUUAUACCAAUUGUUUUGGAAAGAGUAAAUUUUGAAAUAUUUUUAUUUUGGGUAAAAAAUUUUUAAAACUUAUUAUUUAUAUUAAUAUUUUUAAAUUGACAAUUUAAUGUUAUGAUUUAACUAAAGUUUAUUUAAAUAGUUUAAAAAAAAUAUUAAUUUGUGGUAUUAAAGAUUUAUAAUUAAUUUAAAUUUCAUUAUAUAUCUUAAUUAUAAGAGUUGAAUUUUUAAUUCAAAAAUAAUAAAUUAGUAUUUAUUUUUAAUGAAUUCCACAGAUGUCACCUAUAGAUUGAUUAAUUUUAUCUUUUUUUUUAUUAUUAAUUUAUUUAUUAGGUUUAAUAUAUUUAUAUUUUAUAAUUGAAGUUAAUUUAAAUAAUAAUUAUAUUUUUAAGAAAAAUAAUUUUUUUAUUAAUUGAUAAUGAUAUUAAAUUUAUUUUCUAUUUUUGACCCUCAAGUUUUAUGAAUUUCAAUUAAUUGAGUAUCUAGUUUAUUAAUUAUUUUAUUAAUUCCACAAAUUUAUUGAAUUUAUAAUUCUCGAUUUAGGUACAUAUUUAUGUUAUUUAUAUAUAUAUUGUGGUUAGAAUUUAAAGUUAUUUUGAAAGUUAAAUUUAAUUUAAAUAAUUUAAUUUAUGUAAAUUUGUUAUUUUUUUUUAUUUUAAUUAAUAAUUUUAUAGGGUUAUUUCCUUAUAUUUUUACUAGAUCGAGACAUUUAGUUUAUUCAGUAAUUUUUUCAUUAUCUAUAUGAUUUGGGGUUAUAUUAUUUGGUUGAUUUAAAAAUACAAAAUUUAUAUUAAUUCAUUUAGUUCCUCAAGGUACUCCAUUUUUAUUAAUAUUUUUUAUAGUAUUUAUUGAAUUAUUAAGAAGAAUUAUUCGUCCUUUAACUUUAUCUGUUCGUUUAGCGGCUAAUAUAAUUGCUGGUCAUUUAUUGUUAGUUUUAUUAAGAAGAUUUGUACCUAGUAGAUUUAUAAUAUAUUUAAUAGUUUUAUUUGUUCAAAUAUUAUUAUUAUUAUUAGAAACUGGAGUUUCAAUUAUUCAAUCUUAUGUUUUUGUUAUUUUAAUAAUUUUAUAUUUAAAAGAAACUAAUUAAUUAAUGAAUAAAUUUUUUCAUCCGUAUCAUUUAGUUACUGAGAGUCCUUGACCUUUAAUAGGUUCUUUAUCUUUAAUAAUUUUUAUAAUUGGUGUUGUAAAAUGAUUUAAUGAAUUUAAUAAUAAUUUAUUAUUAAUUGGUAGUUUAAGAUUAUUAUUUAUUUUAAUUCAAUGGUGACGUGAUGUAAUUCGUGAAAGAACUUUACAAGGUAAUCAUACUUUAAAGGUUUUAAAAAGAAUUCAAAUUGGUAUAAUUUUGUUUAUUUUAUCUGAAGUUAUAUUUUUUACAUCUUUUUUUUGGAGAUAUUUUCAUAUAUUUUUAUCUCCUAGUAUUGAAUUAGGUAAUAAUUGACCUCCUAAAGAAAUUUUAGUUUUUAAUCCUUAUAAUAUUCCUUUAUUAAAUACUUUAAUUUUAUUAAGGUCUGGGGCAAGAAUUACUUGAUGUCAUAAUUUAAUUUAUCAAGGGUUUGAUUGAAAAGGGUGUCAAGAAUCAAUUAAUUUGACUAUUUUAUUAGGGGGGUUAUUUAUUAUAUUUCAAUAUAAAGAAUAUUCUGAAUCAUUUUUUUCUAUUUCUGAUUCAAUCUAUGGUUCUGUUUUUUUUAUAAUAACUGGUUUUCAUGGGUUACAUGUAAUUAUUGGUGUUUUAUUUAUUAUUAUUUCUAUAAAUCGAUUAUUAAAUUUUCAUUAUUCAAAUUUUCAUCAUUUUGGGUUUGAGGCGGCUUCUUGAUAUUGACAUUUUGUAGAUUUAGUAUGAUUAUUUUUAUAUUUAUUUAUUUAUUGAUUAUCAUUUUAAUA